AGAUGAAUCUUGAGCUGUUUUCAAUGGAACGUGAAUAGCUCAACUUCUCUGCACCCAUGAAUGGACUAAUGGGAAAGGAUCACAGUAAGGAGAGUAGAAGUGAAAAGAAGAAAAAGAAGAUACCAAAAAGUUCAAAGGAAAGUGUUCAUAAGGCUGCGGCUGGAGUGCAAGAAAUGGAAAAUGGUGACUUGGAGCAAGAAGGAAGAAGGUUAUUUUUGGAUGAUCUAGCAAAAAGAAAAGAAAAGAUGUUAAAAGAAUUCUCAAAGGCUACAAGUAAAUGUGAUCAAGGUGUUGUGGAGGGCAAACAGCAGCAGUCUGGCAGUAGAUCCAUGCCUGUUACUCAAGAUACUGCUGAUAAUUUUGGUAAUCAAGAUUUUGAUGCCAAUUUAAACAGUAAUGGUACUGUACAGGAUGGCUCAGAAUAUAAAAUUCAAAUUGAAAACUGUCCAAAUGGCUCGCGUAAUCAUCUUCAGAGUGUCAGUCAUGUUUUACCUUCUUCUUCUCAAUGUUCUGAGCAGGAAACUGAUAGAGUUAGCAGUCACACCUCCCAGUGUAAAACAAUAACCAAUGAAACUGAUUCCGAUAUUGAACAAGCUUUUAUUUCUAGUGAUGUUUUGGGAGACACCUCUCAAGUGACCCAAAGGGACACUCCAUUUGGAGGACCUAGCCAGGCAGUGAUUGAUUCAUGUUUGGUCACUGAUCCUGAAUUGGACUGUAGCAAUACUUCUGGAGGGGCUCAUUCAAGAAUUGAUGAUAAUGGUUAUUCUCACAUUAAUAGACCAAGUGGUCAUCAACAAGAACUUGCAGCUGAGGCUGCUCCAUUAGUUGACCAAGAUACUGUUGAGGACUCUGGUCCAACUGAUCAUGGUUUGCUUCCCAGUCAUGCCCCUGAAGGUGUCUGUGGUAGGUCUGUUGAAGGCACUUCGUCAGGUCACCUUGGUACAGCUACUUCGUCUACUGCUGUUCCUGAUUCAUCUUUAGCUGCUAAUUCUGUCACGCAGCAUGGAUAUUUAGCGACACAAUCCAGGCCCAAAAAACCUUCAACGGGAGAUGACUUAAGCAGCAAUGCUGGGCAAAUGGAUUCUCCAUAUGCUGGGUACAUCACAGACUCCUCCUCAUCAUAUCCGUCCUUUCCUCCAAGUCAAACAUCAAAGCCUGAAUCAACCACGCCAUCAGCCAUGCAAAUUGUUGUGCCAGGUUCAAAUCAAAAAGAGGAAGCAAAUAAAUUAACAGGUGAGUAAUUUAAGAAAUCUCUGAUGAUGCAUGCAAGUUUGCAUGUGGCAUUUUUAUUACUGCGCUAAACUCUGUGUCCAUGGUUAAUGCAUUUUGAUACUUUUGUGCUAUAAUUUUUAGUCACCCGAGAGCAAAAGUAAUGUGCCAGGGACCACCGGGUGCUGUUAGAGCACAGCCCUGAACUCUACUGAAAGGCUGAAAGUACAGUAAACACCCACUAAUAAGGAACUGUGGAUUAAGUACCUCCUGGCAGAAAUUUGCCACUUUAAUACCCCAAAAUACAAGAACCUGUUUAGCCAAGCAACAUCAAGCAGGUUCUUAUAUGUGGGUUACAGGUAAAUUAUGAUAAACAAUUUAACAAAGGAGUGUAACUUUGAGUUGUAAAUUUAGGUAUAAUAAGAACAUAGGUAAGGAAACUGCACAUAAAUUUGAAGGUCAGUUUUGUUAGGGUCAAUACAAUUGUGAAUAAAUAGAAAGUUUAUUUAUUUUUCUGGUGAUCAACAAUCUAUUAGCUCCUUCAUAAAAAAUAAGAACCUACUUAGGCUAAAUUGCCAGUGAGUACCACAAAAUACAAGAACCUAUUUUGCCAGGUUUAAAAAAAAGUAGGUUCUUGAUAAAUAAAUAAAGAUGGUAAAUUUUAAGCUCGGUAAAGAAAAUGAGAAGUGAUGUGAUCAACAUGUCAUGAGUAGGGGACAAGAAAAAAUGAGCCAUGCAAACUGUUGUGCCAGGUUUGAAUCAAAAAGAGGAACCUAGUGACCUUCUGUACACCGGUCAGAUGCUCUAACCACUGAGCUAUGAAGGACUUGUGCCAAGCUGGCCCAAUUAUGAGUCCUUUGUAGCUCAGUGGUUAGAGCAUCCGACCGGUGUACAGAAGGUCAUAGGUUCAAUUCCUGUCGUGGACUCAGAUUUUUUCUUUGUCCCUGGCCUGCUCGUGACAUGUUGAUCAUAUCAUGAUUUAUUAGCAGGUGUUUACUGUGUUUACAAGUUGUACUACACAGAUAUAGGACCUAGUGAUCAGCUGUCAGUCAUUGGUCAAGUAACCUAACAGCAUAAAGGAGAAAACCAUUUUAAGGGUAGAAAGAAUUCCUUAACAAAGUUCAAGGUUGCAUUCGCUGUUCUGCAAAUACAGCGUACAUUUUUUCCCAGUUUUCUCAGUGAUGUCACCAGUUCACCUGAGAGGGCUUGUUAAUGACUUGAAUUGAUAUGUUAUUUACUAUAAGUGGUUAUUGAUUGUGUUUCUUUCCCAUCAGUUGAUGAUCAAUCAAUUUCGAAGGCUGUGACUGAUAACACUCUUUUUUUGGAGAAACUUUCAAAGUACCUGGACCGCGAAAGUCGAGUAAUCAAGUGUUGGAAGCACUUAGCAUUUGUUUUGAAUGUACCUGCUGAGGAAACAAGAAAGUUUGACAUGUUCACUGAACACAGCCCUACUGAGGAUAUGUUUAACUAUCUUGCUGAAAACUGGCAUCCGGAUUUGGAAGUUAGAGAGUUGAAGACCAAACUGGCAAAUAUAUAUCGCAAUGAUGUAAUUGACAGUUUAAUAAAAGGUAUUAAGACAAAACAAUUUUUUAUUUCAUGUGUGGUGAAGAUGAUUGCUUAUAGUAUUGCACAUCUCUACUAUGUCCACUAUGUAAACUUGUUUGUGCAGUUUUGAAUAAUAUAAGGAGGACAGUGUUCUAAAUGCAAGGGAUUACCUUUGUGUCAACGAUAACCAGGCAAACUCAGUGACAUUUUUAUUACAUGAAUAUUUUUAAAGACCUCUACUCUUAAAUUAAAUUAAAUUAAAUAAUAAUUAAAGAACUUGGAGGUACAUAAAAGUCCAAAGCAUGCAAUAUAAAAGUACGAUAGUGUCAGUUACAGUAUUUUUGCACUAUAUGUGGGUCUUAUACAUGUACAUACAUGUAUGAAGCAAUCUGCAUUGCCUAUGUUUCUUCAGUGAAAUUAUACCUGCCAAUGUUCUCUUCUUACAGGGGGUUAUCAUGACGAGGAAAAGGUAGCUGACCUGAUAUCUGGCCUACCAAAGUUUAUUAGCAUGCUAUCAUCAAAGCUUGAUACAGAGUCUAGAACAAUUGGCAACUGGAAAUCACUGGCGACACUCUUUGGAAUCAGAAAGCAAGUGACUGAGCAGUUUGGAUCCAGGGGCUCAGGCCCCACAGCAGCACUGUUCCAACACAUGAGUACUGCUGAUGGUCUUAAAGAUUUGACCAUGGGUGAACUGCGCAAUCACUUUGUUAAAAUGGAAAGGAAGGAUAUAGUAAACAUCCUUACUAAGCACAAGUGCAAAGGUUUGUGUUUUGUUUGGUUAUAAACAGUUGAUGUUGUGUUCUCUUUCUUCUCUAUUUUAAGUUUUCUUUCAUGUCCAUUAUCAUUCGGUCUUGAUUUAAAUGUACUGUAGAUCCCAGAGGAUUUAAUUUGCAGGUGUGCAAGUGUGACUUCAUGUCCUGUAACUGGAACCUUAGCCCCAGUCAUAACACCUUAUAUAACUGGACUCACAGCUGUAUCUGCAAAUAGAACCCAGCACAGUAAACCCCACCUUAACAGAAUCCCCAACCCACCCCCUCCACAGCCUUUUUUCACAAGUAAUGUAAACAAACCUUAAGUGGGUUGAAGAGGCAGUAUGAGAGGGUGCAAGAUGUAGGGAUGUUGCUGAGGAAUCAAAAUCUGCUUUAUCAUGGGAAGCAAUUUAUUUUGUUAUGGUGUAAUAUACUUUCUUCACCUAGGAAUGUUUUUAUUUUCACACAGAGAAUGCAUAACGUACAAAAAGGCAGUUUAGGAAAUAAUUGACUUUAAAAACUCAAUGUUUUAAGGGUGUUUGUUGUGUUGAAAGAUUCCAACCAGAUCAUAGGAGUUUCAAACAAUGGCUGAGAAAAGUUUACAAUUUUACAUGUCCCUCGCAUAGGGUUUUUGUGUUACAAAUGCAGACUCAGACGAGAUUUUGUUAUAAGGAAGUUGGUUUAUAACUAACAAGGGAUUAAUAUACAUCCACUCAGUGUAUCGCAAAUAAAAGAUCAUUUAUGAAUACAAUAAUUUUUUAUUUGAAUCACUGAUUAACAGUAAAAUAACUGAUAGCUUGCUCAUCAAUCUUACUUGAAGCCCUGGAAAAAAAAAAGACUCGAGAAGUUUACUCCCCCCCCCACCCCCUUGGAAAUUGCCUCCUUUUGGGCCCCCUUCCCCUCUGAAUUUCCGUUGCCCUCCGUGGGGAGUAUGGAUAUUUUCUGUAACUACAUAUUACAGUAUCCAGAGUCAUUUACCAGCACAAAAAUAUUCACUUCCUAAUUUUUAAAUACAUUUCAAUGUACUCACACCAGAAAUAUUUCAUUUAACCCUGGUCAUGAUUUGUUUUAUUCAAAAUAGAUUCUUCUUUGGUAAGGAAGGUUGCUGUUGAUGGUUCCGAACUCUUGGCAGAUAUUGGAGAACGCCUAAACAAAGAAAUGAGAGCUGUUAAGAACUGGCGCAAUUUAGCUUACAGGUUAGAAAUUCCUCAUGAGGAAUAUGAUGCAUUUGACACCUCUAAAGUUUCAGCUAAGAGUCCCACUAAGAUGUUAUUUGAAUGGCUUCAGCGGUGCAAACCAAAUAUAACUGUGAAGGAUUUGCUUACUGGCCUUAAGCAAAUUGAUCGCUAUGAUGUGGUGGAUCUUGUAAGACAAGAAGUUGCUACUGGUAAGUCACAUCAUUUUUCAUUUAGGCUAGCAGAUUAUAUUCUAGGGCUGCAAAGAGAAAAAGUUACUUGCAGCCCUGCUAUUGGUUUCUUUUUUCAGGGAAUGUAUAGUUUUGAAGGACUACAUGUAUAUCUUAGUCAGCAAGAAAAACUCCACAAGCAAAGUUGAAGGAAAAAACUGAAAAGGAAGGUGCAACCAAACAGGGAAAAAUUAAUUAUUGGACAAGGUUGAGCAAAAUAUGGUGAUUUGUCAGUGGCAAGCAGAUCAAUUAUCUGCUGAAGUUGAAGGCUGAGGCAAAUAAUCGAUCUGCGAGACAAAUUAUCACUAUAUUUUGCAAUACCCCGGUUCAAUAAUUGUCUUAUCAUUCGAUCACCUAGUUUGGUUUUAAUGAAUAUCUUUGGGAAGCGGUAGGUAAGCGUAAAGCGAUCUGUCAUUUUCACCCAAGAGCCAUCUUAAGAAGGAAGAAAGCGUUGUUUCAUUUAUGAAUGAGCAGAAUGUUAAUUGCAGCCAAGCACAGUUGGACGAUAUUUUGCAACUGCAAACUGUAGCUACAUGUCACUCAUUGUAAGAAUUACGUAGUCAAUAGUCCUAUAGAAUGGCCAAGGUUUUGUUUUGCUAUAUUUUUCACAGUUGUGGAGAAAGAUGAAACUGAUUCUAGACAGAGGUGUAGUGAUCUGAUGCAAGUAGAUGGUGCAACCCAUCAGUCUACAGGUAAAGCAUUCUUGUUGCUCAGUAACACACAAUUUAGCCUGUGCCUCAGACAAAACUAAACCUCUGCUUAAGUCCGGCAGCAAAACAGUGCUGAAAUCCUUGUUCUGGAUCCCUACCUGUGUACAAGGAUUUGAGGAUGCACAAUGAUUGGCCUGUUUUUAAAGGCAAUGUUGAUUUGCCUUUCAAAUUGAAGGGAAAUUCGAAAUGCACUUCCUGUAAUUCAUUAAGUCCAUUGGGGGCCCACAACAAGGAUCUCAGUGCUGCUUCACAGAUGUUACUAACCGUGGUAAGAUUACAUCUGCAAUGCAGGGUACACACAUUUUAUGAAUAUCAAUAAUAGUGAUAUUACAAAGAGAAAGCACACACUCAAGUAAUACCUUAUUCUCACUGAAUUUCGCAAGUGUUAAAUUUCAUGAGCCAUAUUUUGCGAGUAUUUAAUUUUUAGGGAUUUAUAGGAAUUUUUAGAUUUUGCGAGUUUUAAAUUUUGCAAUUUUUCCCAAAGCACGAAACUCGCGAAAUUUCAUACUCACAAAAUUAAGUAAGAAUAAGGUAAGUAACAGCAAAAAUGCGAUUUGGGUAUCUAAAUUAUUAGAAUUUUUUAUGUUAAUUACUGUAGAAUUUUGGAAACUUGUAAGACUUGAAUUAUUAGUUAUUUGAGUAAUUACAGAUCAAACACUUGACCCUGUUUUUUACCAUAUAUCCAGACACCUCCAAGGGGGUCCAAAGAAAGUCAGCUGCACCCUGUUUUUUCAGUCCACUUCUCUCUGUCUGGAUGGCAAACAAAAACUGUUUCUUGUUUCUGACAGAUAUUAUUAUAUCAGCUCAAGACAAAAACUGAUGCUUAAGUUUAUUUGAAGGUGGACUUUUUUAAGGAGCUCUCUAAGGUGUUUAAAAAAGGUGUUAAACUAAGGUGAUCAGAAACAUCUUUUUUUGCCAGUAGAAUCUGAAAGCACUCAAAACAUUCAAAAACUGCAUUAUUUUGAAGGUGAUGAAGUGUUAUCCUUUCUCUGUUCAUCCCACAUAGAUAAUCAAUUCGUAAAACUUUUAACCUAGGUUUGUCUGUGGUAGAUAAAAGACUGUUAAUGAAGCCCUGUGAGGGCAGCAGUGGUAGGGUGCUUUCAAGUCAAGAUGAUGUCUGUCAUUCUCCACUGUUUGUGUCAUUCCCAGUUGUUAUUUUGUAACAACUGCCAGGACCACUUUUUUAUUUCUAUCAAAAAACCGCUCAUCCGAUCCGUUGACUCACUUAACUCAUAAAACAUCCAUUCUCUUCUAGCAAUAGUUUGAAGGAGUGAAAUUAAGAAUGCUUUUUUUCUUCGUUUUUUUAGCAAAACAAGCUUUAUGUAAUUUACAGCAAUUACAUCAUCAUCCAGUCAAGAGUAACAAGCAAACUUUAUUAACCGAUUUGGAAAGGAAGGCUGCGGCCAAGGGAUUGAAGAUUGUUGAUAAUGAUGGGAAAGGAAAUUGCCUGUUUAGUGCACUGCGUCACCAACUGGAAAACAAGAAACGAAAGAGAUACUAUUCAGAGAUGGAAUUGAGAACUGAUUUGGUUCAGUAUCUCGAGGAUCAUCCAACCUUUGUAUGUAUUCAAAUGAGAAUCAACCUCUUUAACUUCACAGAUAACCAACCCUUGAAGCAGGUCAUCAUUUCUGACUUGCUCUGUGCUCUCGUUCCAUGGCUUAAAGAACGAGUCAUAUACAUGCGUAGUGUGCUUGUUUUUCAGCACUUUGUCUUGUUUAAUGGCUUACAGAACGAGUCAUAUACGUUUGUAGCAUGCUUGUUUCACACCAGCUCUUUGUCAUGAUCAUGCCCUGUCCUUGUUUCGCAUGUAGCAUGUUCAUUUUGCAACGCUCUUGUUCCGUUUCAUUGCUUAAAUCCAAAGCAUGGCUGAAAGAACGAAGCAUACAUAGUCCUGUGUUAUCAUUGUCCCUGUUUCGUGUGUAACAUGGUUGUUUUUCAAGGCUCUAGUUCCGUUUCAUGGCUUUGAGAACGAGGCAUAUACACCUGUGGCGUAGUUGGUCUUUUGCAGCGCGUUUCUGUUCUGUUUUCACCUCAUGACUAAACUUCCAAUAACUCCAGUGGAAUCGAUGCGUUUCCAGUGGUCUCCAUUGGAUCACUUUUUUACCCUAGCCUCCUUGAGGUUAAUUUGUUUAUACUUCAGUUUCAUCUUUCUAACAGUCUUUCGGUAACUCCAGUAGACUCUAUGCAUUUCUAGUGGACUCUGAUAGAGUAAAUUGUACUUUCAUUUCUUUAGUUAUUCCAGUGGACUCCAGUUUUUGUCCACUGGAAUCUAGUCAAGCGUAUUGGACAUGACUGAUCUUUUUGUGAAUGAGGGCAAGUGGUAAAUCUUUGGGUAUGGAAAUAGAAGAGUGGGAGCUCAUAGGUUACGAUCCUAGCCAGACCACAUACUAGGAAAUUAACCCAGUUUUUCCUGAACUGAAGAAAGGGCUACACUGUUUGAAGCUUUACAAAGCAAUUUCUGGCUACAGUUUACAGAAAAUGGAAAACAUUUGAAAACUCUUUAUUUAUUCAUCUCUGCUCUUUUAAUACCUUUUUCAGAAGUUAUUAUAAAUUUGAUUUACUUUUCUUUCAGAGAGAUGAUACUGGAUCUUUAUUGAACCUGUUUAACUUUGUUGACCGUGAGAAGUAUCCAACAUGGGAAGAAUACUUAGAGAAGAUGAAAAGGGAUGGCACAUGGGGAGACCAAUUGAUUAUCGAAGCUGCAGCGAGGUAUUUAAACUGUGCUGUUCACAUCAUCAGCAGUCAUCCUGAAAUUCCAGAUGUUUACAUAAAGCCAGAGUCAACUACCUGCGAUGUGGAUGAACUUUUACUGGGACAUAUUCAUGAAUACCAUUAUGUCAGCCUUGAACCAGGUACAGCCUCUCAAACAGGUACUUUGCAUGACUCCAGUGUGCAAAGAAAGGCGUGUCCAUUAGCCCUGGGCUACUGAAUUUUGCUAUCGGGGCUAGUGAAUUCUACUGGAAAUCCUCUUUUAAGCCCUACCACUCUCUCUUCUUCACUAAUAAAUGAUAGACUGUAUUAAUCAAUCACAACUGUAGAACUUCGUGUGGACUGAUCUGGGAUUGUUAGUUCACCAGUGGAAGUUCCGAUUUGUUCUUGAUCCUGGGCUGCAUGACCUCCAAUGUCUUGUUACUAUAAAGGUUUUCCACUUUGUAUUCUAGUUCUUUGUGAAGAACUGAUACCAUCGUGUUUGCUAAAUUAAAUAAGCCCCCUUUCUCAAAUUUGCCCCCUGCCUCUAUUAAGCUCCCCUCCCCCCCUCAAAUGUGUUUGAAAUAAAUACCCCCCCCCCCCUUCCAGGGGGCUUAAUAGAGGAUUUAAAGUAAUAUUUUUACUUGCCAAACGGCAACAUCUUGCUGUAAAACUGACUUCUUUGCACCCUGUGUUGUUAGCUGGUUUCAUUUUCUGGUAGUCUCUGAAUUGUGAGAAAAAAUGUCAAUAACCUGGAACUUUUGAAGUGAGAAACUAUACAAAUCCUUUUGAGCUUAACAGAAAUAACUUCAAAAUUGCUUAUUCAGGUAUUUGUUGAAUUGUAACAUCUGCAGCCCUGGCCGACCUCCAAUAAUCCGUUGCAUGUAGAUUUCUGUUGGCUGCAUUGGGUAAAUAGAAGACAUGGUAACAAUCACAUUAAUUCCCAUUCCAAAAUACAGUAAUGGAAACACGUGCAGAUCGGAACGAAAAAAUAAAGUGACCAACUGUGCUCUUUUUCAUUUCAGAUUCGCGUGUUCCAAGCUACCCUUCUCAAUUACCCACAACAAACCGACAAAUUCCUGUCUCACAAUUUGCUGGACAUCCUCCCAGUGCUACACACCAGCAGACAUAUAGUCAUCAGCAAUCACAGGGACACCACCAAUCAGAGAGAUACUCCAAGGAGGUGAAGGAGAGCAUGGAAGUGAGGCAAAUACCCUUUAGAAUUUAUUCCAAGAUUUGCAUUAAGCUAAACAUACGACGUGACUGGUCUUUUGAUGAUUUUCGAAUGGUGGCAGAAGAGCUUGGCUUGGACAGAGAUACCACUGAGCUUAUUGGACAACAAAGAAAUCCAACUGAGACUCUUUUUACAAAGCAUUACCCUAAUGUCACUGUUCUUCAAUUGCUAAACAUUCUCCAUAAAAUUGAACGCUCAGAUGUGGCAGCCAUCUUGGAGGAGUGGAUUAAAGGUGCUCAAUAAGCAGAGCAUUACCCUUAUGUCACUGUUCAUCAACUGCUAAACAUUCUCCAUAAAAUUGAACACUUAGAUGUGGCAGCCAUCUUGGAGGAGUGGAUUAAAGAUGCUCAAUAAGCAGCAUGAGGCUGAGUGAUAACUGUCAAUUUGGCGCUGCUGCGGUGGCAGACAGUGAGGUUUUUAUGCAUAGUAUGGUCAGUACUGACUAGAGCUGAGACCAGAACCUGAUGCUUGACACAAGGGUGUUCGUAUCAGAAAAGUAAAAACCUCACCCACAGCAUAACUAUAUAAUUAAUACAAUGUUACUGAACUAGCAAGAGGUCCAUUGUAAACAAAAAAGUACUUAAAUACUGGAUUUAAGGACUCCCAAGUUACCCCCUUCUCGGGUAAGAAGCUUUCUGGCGCAAAGUGCGCAGAACAGUCUUGCCAGGGCAAAAGUGCCUUUAAGAACUCGAUCAGUUGUACAUGUCAGUUUCUUUGACCUAAGGUAACUGUUAUGUUCGAUUUUAUCCUUGUUUAAAGCUAGGGAUCAUAAAUUAUAACACCCAGGAACAAAGAAAAGUAAUGUUUGAAUCAUGGAUCAAAUUGAACCACUACAUAAUUAUAAAAUAAUCAACACAGUAUGCGCACCCUGAUUGCCCCGCCAGAGUGUGUUUAACUUUACAUGAGAAUAUAUAAGCACAUUUGUGACGUCAUUUUGGUUUUCUUUGCAUGCGCUGAUUUUUGAAAACAAUUUUGAGAUUAAAACUCGUCAAGUUAACUGAAUUUACCCUUAACUCGUCGAGGUUUAAAACUUGAAAAGUCUUUGAGACAUCCUGUAUCAAAGGUUUCUCGCUUAAGCUGACAAUUUAAGUGAGAAAAUCUGUUUUGAAAGCAUUACAAAAGCAAUAGAUUGGGUUAGCAUACCUAUCUUGAAUUCUCCCAACAGCCUCUCUUGUUCAUAUCAGGCUAUGCAAAUGCAGAAAGCGUUUUCUAUUGCUUAGCUAACCUGCGAUCAGGCGUUCUUCUUUCGGGGAUAGCGCGAACGUCGGCGGACUCGGAAAGGUCUUCAGUGACUCAGUAGAAUAUAAAUAUUUCCAAAAUUAAAGUAAAAGUGGUGAUGAUCAGAGUCCCCGUUAAGGAGUCUUUGGAGGUCCCAUCAAACCUAAUUGAGACCAUACAAUUAAGAGACUAGGGAAUUUUGUCUAAAACAUUGUAAUUUUAUAUCAUUAAAUUAGUUCAGGGAGAAAAGAUAGAUUCUAGUUGUACCUUACUUGUUGUGUGUGCUUAGAGAAGGGGAGGGAUAGAUAAGCUUGAUAGGCGUCCCCCCUCAGGGAAGAAAAACGCAUGCGCUAUUUUAGAUUUUGACUAAAAGUUAAUAAAGGCGUUGAAUAACUACACUAUCCACUUUUCAGUAUGAGAAGACCUGGAAAGACUUGAUUUUAUAACCAUGUUGUAAGGCAGAUAUUGCUGUAUUAUAAUUUAUUGUUGUUGUUGUAAAAGUAGCUUUAGAACAAAGGGGACUAAUAGGAACAUGCAAGUUUUUCUUUGCAAAAUGUUGACAGCAAUCAGUGAAGAUUUUUUGUUGCCUGAGUUUUCUCUAGUUUUAUUAGGACUGUCUGUAACAUGUAAAAGAGGUAAUGUCAUGUCAGGUCUGAG